AUGGGAAUGAUUUCCAUUAAUAAUCAGGACAGCUCAGGCCUCCGGCUGUGGAAACGCCGUUGGUUCGUCCUCUCAGGACAUUGCCUCUUCUACUACAAGGACAGCAGAGAGGAGAGUGUGCUGGGCAGUGUACUCUUACCCAGCUACAGCGUCAGGCCGGAUGGGCCAGGAGCCCCACGGGGCCGGCGAUUCACCUUCACAGCAGAGCACCCGGGCAUGAGGACCUACGUCCUUGCAGCUGACACACUGGAGGACCUAAGAGGCUGGCUGCGAGCUCUGGGGAGGGCCUCUCGUGCAGAAGGGGAGGACUGGUGAGUGACCGCCAGGCAGGUUCCUCCCUUUGUAGGGCAGCCAUUUAAAUAUGCAAUUCGUAGCUGUCACAGAAGUGGACCCUACCAUCAAAGAC